CACCUCCCCGCCUCCGCCCCCAACUCCCCAACGGAGGACACGCCACACCUGGGCUUCCCGCUCCGCCGCCGCAUGCAACCCUCCACCGAUCGCCGCCACGGCAACGGCCCAGCCACGGCCGCCUCCCCUGCCUUAUGGCGGCCCCGAUCCGCUGCUGCGCGUAACCCCGCCGCCGCCGACCCCCGUCCCUACGGCGCCCAUGACGACGCCGCCCCCAUCCUGCCCCUCCCCAACCCGCCAUCCCACGCCCGCCCGCACCGUCGCCGCCACCGCCCCAACCGCCGCCCCGCCCCGCCGCAGGACAGGGCUCCGGCCAACCACCGACCACCGCCGCAGGAGAGGGCUCCGCUCGCGCCAGCGCCAGCGCCCGCCCCUGUCAUCACAGGGGUGCCGCAGCUGGUGCAGGAGAUCCAGGACAAGCUGGCCCGUGGCGCAGUCGAGUGCAUGAUCUGCUACGACGCGGUGCGCAGGUCGGCGCCCGUCUGGUCCUGCGCCAGCUGCUUCUCCAUCUUCCACCUCCCCUGCAUCCGCAGGUGGGCGCGGGCCCCGGCCUCCUCCGUCUCCGACGCCGCCUCCUGGCGCUGCCCGGGGUGCCAGUCCGUGCACGCCGUCGCCGCGCGCGACGUCGCAUACACCUGCUUCUGCGGCCGCCGCCACGACCCGCCCAACGACCUCUUCCUCACCCCGCACUCCUGCGGCGAGCCAUGCUCCAAGCCGCUCGGCAAGGGCGACGACGACGAUGCUGCUUCCACCAGGUGCCCCCACGUCUGCGUGCUCCAGUGCCACCCGGGCCCAUGCCCGCCCUGCAAGGCGUUCGCGCCAGACCGCCCCUGCCCCUGCGGCAAGCGGACCAUCGCGCGGCGCUGCGCGGACCGGACCACGCCCGUCACCUGCGGCCAGCGCUGCGAACGCCUCCUCCCCUGCCGGCGCCACCGCUGCGAGAAGCCCUGCCACACGGGGCCCUGCGGGGACUGCCAGGUCACCUUCCCCGCCCGCUGCUUCUGCGGCAACAAAACAAACACCAUCCCGUGCGGCGAGAUGACGGGGAGCCUUUCGGACACCGCCGCCGCCGGCGCGUUCUCCUGCGGCGAGGCGUGCGGGCACGGCCUGGCGUGCGGGAACCACGCCUGCGAGGCCGCGUGCCACGCGGGGCCGUGCGGGGAGUGCCGGCUCCUGCCGGGGACGGUCACCGCGUGCCACUGCGGCAAGACGCGGCUGCAGGGGACGCGGGCGAGCUGCCUGGACCCGAUCCCUGCCUGCGACAAGGUCUGCGACAAGAGGCUGCCGUGCGGGGCGCAUAGGUGCAAUGUCACGUGCCACGAGGGGAGGUGCCCGCCGUGCUCGGCGCGGGUCGAGCAGAGGUGCCGCUGCGGCUCGUCGGGCCGGAUGGUGGAGUGCUACAAGGCCUCGAUGGAACAGUUCCGUUGCAGCAAGCCCUGCGGCCGCAAGAAGAACUGCGGGAGGCACCGGUGCAGCGAGUGCUGCUGCCCGCUGUCGAACCCGUUCGCUCGGCAUGAAGGUGGCGGCGUCAGCGUGGAUCCUCAUUUCUGCCGGAUACCGUGCGGCAAGAAGCUCCGGUGCGGGCAGCAUGGCUGCCAGCACCUCUGCCACAGCAGGCACUGCGAUCCCUGCCGCGAGACCAUAUUCAGCGAUCUCACCUGCGCCUGCGGCAGGACAUCCAUUCCGCCGCCGCAGCCGUGCGGCACGCCGACUCCGUCGUGCCCGCACCCGUGCACCGUCCCUCAGGCCUGUGGGCAUCCAGCUUCGCAUCAGUGCCAUUUUGGGGACUGCCCGCCUUGCGUUGUGCCGGUGACGAGGGAAUGCAGCGGGGGGCAUGUGAUGUUGAGGAACAUCCCUUGCGGUUCGAAGGAUAUCAGAUGCAACCAGCCUUGUGGGAAGAACCGGCAAUGCGGACUGCACGCUUGCGCUAGGACUUGCCACCCUUCCCCUUGUGAUCCACCGCCACCCGCAAGUGGAGAUGCUAGUUCAAGCUCUGGGAGCAAGGCUUCAUGUGGACAGUCAUGUGGUGUCCCGAGGAGGGAAUGCAAGCACACUUGCAAUGCCCCAUGCCACCCGUCAUCACCCUGCCCAGAUGUGAGAUGCGAAGUCCGUGUGGCUAUUGCCUGCUCUUGUGGCCGUAUCACUUCAACUGUGCCCUGCAGCGCCGGAGGAUCAUACCACAAUGGUGAUAGUAUGCUCGACAUCUCCAUCAUAGAGCAGCUGCCAAGGCCUCUCCAGCCAGUGGAUUCAAAUGGGAAGAGGGUACCUCUUGGCCAGAGGAAACUCUGCUGUGAUGAGGAGUGUGCGAAAAUGGAGAGGAAAAGAGUCCUUGCUGAAGCUUUUGACAUCACACAGCCCAAUCUGGACGCACUGCAUUUCGGUGAGAACUCGAAUGCCUCGGAUUUGGUUUCUGAUCUUUACCGGCGCGAGCCGAAGUGGGUGCUGGCCAUAGAGGAGAGGUGCAAAUUUCUUGUGCUUGGGAAGACGAGAGGAAAUUCUUCAAGCAACAUCAAGGUCCAUGUCUUCUGUCACAUGACCAAGGAUAAGAGGGAUGCUAUCAGGCUCAUUGCAGAUAGGUGGAAGCUGUCUGUUCAGGCGGUCGGUUGGGAGCCCAGGCUGUUUGUUACCAUCCAUGUCACACCCAAGUCGAAGGUGCCUGCUCGUGUUCUGGGCUCCAAGGCUGGUGUCCCUGUUUCGGCUUCGCAUCCUUACUUUGAUCCCAUGGUGGAUAUGGACCCGAGGCUCGUUGUUGCAAUGCUGGACCUGCCAAGGGAGGCUGAUGUUAGCUCUCUAGUCUUGAGGUUUGGUGGCGAGUGUGAGUUGGUUUGGCUCAACGACAAGAAUGCCCUGGCAGUCUUCGGUGAUCCAGCUAGAGCCGCCACAGCUCUCAGGCGGCUGGACUAUGGGUCUGCUUACCAGGGUGCUUCAAUGUUUUGCCCAAGCAGCAUCACUCAGGCUUCAGCAUCAGGCAAUGUGUGGGUUGGAGCACAGAGAGAGGGAGGAUCGGUUGCAAAGACCAGUGCCAAUCCGUGGAAGAUGGCUGGUGCCUCGGAGUCUGACCCAUCUGUAGGCUGGGCGGUACUUGGUCAUUCUGCGGGGACAAGUGUGCUUGGUCAAGCUCCAGGGUCAGCGUGGAGACGUGGUGAUGCUGCUGGCCAGGUCAUGGAUACAAACAGAUGGAAUGCUCUGGAGUCUGCUACCACAAGCACCAGGCCAAUCGCCGGUGCUGGGCAAGCACUGGAGAAGCUGCAGCCAGACUUUGAAGUGGAAGACUGGGAAGAAUCAUGCGAGUGAGGCUGUUUGGUCGAGAUGGCUAGUUUUUAUUCAGAUACUGUA